AUGGACGACGAACCCGCGCCGGUAUUCGCGCCCCGUAUCAAGGAAAGUCUUUUGCAACGGAUGCAAGACAACUUGUUCGUGCCUAUCGGUAUAUAUUAAAAUGUUACUACGUAUAAUAGAGUUCGGACGUUGUAGGCGUUUGAUUUUCCGUUUUCGGUUUUCCUACUGCAGGUCCAAUUUACUUCGGCGUCGGUUUUUUUUUUUUGAAAUUUUUAACUCUCAAAUUAGGUGGUUUUCGUUUUCCAAGCCUCUCUGGUGCAGUUUAAGUUUUCCUAGGCCCUCGCAUUACUUUUACUCAUACACCCUACGAUUUGGACCGUGGCGUAUUCUGCUCUUGGUCUUCCUCUUCAAAUGUAUCCUCCUUAAGUAUCUCCUUCAAUUAUUGUCUUUACCGAGUUCCCGAGUUCUCGAUAUGUGCCCUGUCACUGCAACUCUACUGGACCGAAACAUUUCUACGAGUGUUGUUUUUUCCUUUAGCCUAUCCAAUACGUCCUCUGUAUCGUAACCCUCUCGGUCAAGAAGAUAACCUUAAAUGUUUUCCCGAAGCACCGCAAUGUUUUUCAGACUACUGUUUUUCAUUGGGUCAAUUGCCCAGGCUUCACACCCAAAGACCGCAACACUCCAUACGUAAUUUUUAGGAAUUUCUUCCUCGGGCCGACUCUAUUAAUACACUUAUGAAUACGUUUGUGGCUUUUAUCUGCGGGGAAAGUUCUUUUUAUUUGCGCUAUCUUACAGAUCAUAUUUGUUUUGCCGGUAGCCUGAUAUCCUUCAUAUCAAUGUGAAAAACUCGAAUAUUAAUUGUAUAAUAAUAUAGUUAAUCUAUAAAUUACAGGUGCCAUUUUGACCGUGGGUUGUUACGCUGUAGGACUGAAGUCUUUGGUGGACGGACGGUCCAUGUUGGGACAAAAGAUGAUGUACUGCCGUUGUUUGUUCCAGGGGGUCGCGGUGUCCGCGAUGUUUUUCGACCAAUUUACUCGAAAGUCGAAAAGCGAUCGGUAG